AUGAGUUACAAUCCUUACGCAACGGACACAGGAAACCCCUAUGCAACUGACGACGGCAAUGCAUACACCGCGGAACCAACCAAUCCUUAUGGCGCCCCAGCAGACGCCGACAACAACCACUACGCAUCCAAUAACCCGUAUGCCAACGAUGAAGCAUAUGAAAUGAAUGAUGUCUCCCAACCAGGGGGAGCAAAAGGCGAUGAUUUUUUCACUAAAAUUCAAGUUUUGAAAGAUGACCUCAACGAUUACAACGGCCUUAUCAACCAACUCGAACGUUUGCAGGUAAGUGCCUUGAACGCCGUUAGUGCAGAAGAGUUAGAUGCAAUCAAAGCCCAAAUUGAUAGUGCCACUUCCAACCUCAGGUCCACACAGUCACUUGAAAUCAAGCCAAAACUUGAAGAUCUUUUCACAUCAUGCGGCGGUGACAAAGAUAAAGAACAACAGACUGAAAACAUCCGUAACCAAUUCCGUAAUGCCAUUCAAAGAUUUGCCAAAGUAGACGACGGCUACCGUCAGUCUAACCAGAACAAGGCCAUUGAGCAAUAUCAAAUUGUGAAUCCAGACGCUACAUACAAUGAAGCACGGCAGUUCGUUGACCAGAUUGGGGACCAACAAGUGUUCGAUGAAGCUAUAGCAAUGGCCAACCGUAAGGGAGAAGCUAUUGCUGUUCUCGACGAAGUGAAGGCAAGACAUCAAGAAGUGUUACGUGCUGUUCAACUUACUGCUGAAUUGAACGAACUCUUGAAUGAUUUACAAGAAUUGGUGUUUCAACAAGAGGAAGUCAUUGAUUCUGCCAAUCAGCAUAUCAAUGUUGCCCAAGGCCAACUUGAGCGUGGUGAUGCUAAUGUCAUAAAGGCAAGAGACCAUGCCAAGAAGGGAAGAAAAUGGAGAUGGAUUCUUUUCUGGGUCUGUGUUAUUUUGAUUUGUGUGAUUGUUGCUGCCGUUGUUGGUGGUGUUGUUGGUUCGAGAAACCAUUGA